GCCAGCAGGUCAUCAUUUCACGAACUGAUUUGUUAGAUAUUUCUCAAGUAAAGCUACAAAGCUACAUUGCUUGGAACAUCUUUUGACAUAAAAACUAUAAAGGAUGUCCAACUUGGGACAAUUUGACUCUGAUUUUUACCAAUCUAAUUAUACUAUUGAUAAUCAGGAGCUGAGUUCUGAAGAUUCUAAUGCCUAUGGACAUCUUUAUGUAUCUAGAAAACAGCCAGCCAGUGACCAGCGUCAGCCCGCCUUCGUCCCCCCGGAGAUGCUCCUGCCCUCAGGUGGCGAGGCCCAACUUUUCCAGCCAGCGUCCAACCCGGAUUAUUAUUCACAAUCUUCCUACGUGGACAGUUUUGAGGAAGAGCCUCCUUUGCUAGAAGAACUUGGGAUUAAUUUUAAUCACAUAUGGCAAAAAACCUUGACCGUGUUAAACCCACUGAAGCCAGCAGACGGCAGUAUCAUGAAUGAAACGGACCUCACUGGGCCCAUCCUGUUUUGUGUGACUCUAGGAGCCACCUUGCUUCUGGCAGGAAAGGUUCAGUUUGGUUACGUGUACGGCCUGAGCGCUGUGGGCUGCCUGGGGAUUCACACCUUGCUGAGCUUGAUGAGCUCCCCGGGGCUGUCCUGUGGCUGUGUGGCGAGCGUGCUGGGCUACUGCCUGCUACCCAUGGUCAUCCUGUCCGGCUGCGGCCUCGUCUUCUCACUGCAGGGCACCUUUGGAACUGUGUUGGCACUGGUCAUCAUUGGCUGGUGUAGUCUUUCCGCUUCCAAAAUCUUCAUUUCGGCCUUGGACAUGAAAGGACAACAGCUUCUCGUCGCCUACCCUUGUGCUUUAUUUUAUGGACUUUUUGCCCUUCUAACAGUUUUCUGAAGAGUAUUUGAAAUGCUGUUUCAAGAUUCUAUUUGUUUCCUGUUCACAUUACCCUGAAAAUGCGUUAGCAUUCAAAUUUGGUAAUAUGAUUUCUGCUUUAUGGCUGUUGGGAGAAUAAUAAGCAAAGAGACAAAACAGCACUUAAGGAUGAUACUCUAAUAACUUGUUUGGUUUGAAUGAUGUUUUGCUUUUUGGUUUGGUGCAUUAAAACAUUUUAAAAUAUUUUAAAAGAAAAGGGAAUACAGUUGUUGUAUUGAUGGACCUUGCUUCUCUCAAUG